AUGACAACUCUUGUUCCAGCAACCCUCUCCUUCCUUCUCCUCUGGACCCUGCCAGGGCAGGUCCUCCUCAGGGUGGCCUUGGCAAAAGAAGAAGUCAAAUCUGGGACCAAGGUGUCCCAGCCCAUGUCCCCCUCUGAUUUCCUGGACAAGCUUAUGGGGCGAACAUCUGGAUAUGAUGCCAGGAUUCGGCCCAAUUUUAAAGGCCCACCUGUGAACGUGACCUGCAACAUCUUCAUCAACAGUUUCAGCUCCAUCACCGAGACUACCAUGGACUACCGGGUGAACGUCUUCUUGCGGCAGCAGUGGAACGACCCACGCCUGGCCUACCGAGAAUAUCCUGAUGACUCGCUGGACCUCGAUCCCUCCAUGCUGGACUCGAUUUGGAAGCCAGACCUGUUCUUUGCCAAUGAGAAAGGGGCCAAUUUCCACGAGGUGACCACAGACAACAAGUUGCUGCGCAUCUUCAAGAAUGGAAACGUGCUCUACAGCAUCAGGCUGACUCUCAUUUUAUCCUGCCCAAUGGACCUGAAGAACUUCCCCAUGGAUAUCCAGACCUGCACGAUGCAGUUGGAGAGCUUUGGCUACACCAUGAAUGACCUCGUGUUUGAGUGGCUGGAAGAUGCUCCUGCUGUCCAAGUGGCUGAGGGGUUGACUCUGCCCCAGUUUGUCUUGCGGGAUGAGAAGGAUCUAGGCUAUUGUACCAAGCGCUACAACACAGGGAAAUUCACCUGCAUCGAGGUAAAGUUUCACCUGGAACGACAGAUGGGCUACUACCUGAUUCAGAUGUAUAUCCCCAGCCUACUCAUCGUCAUCCUGUCCUGGGUCUCCUUCUGGAUCAACAUGGGUGCUGCCCCUGCCCGGGUGGGCCUAGGCAUCACCACUGUGCUCACCAUGACAACUCAGAACUCCGGCUCCCGGGCCUCUUUGCCUAAGGUGAAGAGACAUGCAAGGGAACUUGCUUGCCAUAGAGCUCCCCAUUUCCCAUUCAUCCUGUUCCCUCCUGCUGACUAUUUUCCUUGGAUUUAA